ACGUAACUCACUCUCAUCUGACAGCGGUCUAUUAUUUUCUGUGUCGGUUCUGUUAAAAGUGCAACCCAUUUGUGAGCAUGGCAGCGAUAUUAAGAAAUUCUGUGCUAGGCCGAACAUUCAUACAAUUCGGUUCGAAAAUUGAAGCAGCACACAAUGUCCGCUGUUAUGCAAGCGCCAAUCGGAUCAAACCAUUCAAGAAAGUCGAAAUUACGGAUAAAGCACGGAAUGACACCAAAUCUAUGCAAAUGAGGGCUGAAUACGAAGCCCUGGAAGAGGGAGCUUCCGUAACUGGUCAAACAGUUCAGUCGGUAGGACAAUCGUUGGCCUCCCGAGGUUAUCUUCGUCCAGUAAAGCCGUAUUCUCCGCCAGAAAAUGUUGAGUCUACAAUAGUGGCAAUUGGAAACACCCUCAAACUUUCCGAUCGGAAGCAAAGUUUCACCACUAACGAACUAAAGUUUGAAUUUCUCGCAGCCUGCUACAAUGCCUUUAAACAUUCUGUCCCUAAUUCCCGACUGCACGAAAUAAACACCAUGGACGAUACCAUUGAUUUUUAUCAAACUCCGGUGAGCACUACUUUACCAUUGGAAUCCCUCAAACCCGUUGAGCUGCCGGAGAAUCUACACAUUCAGCACGAGUACAUUCGUUUCCAUCCGGAAACUGACACAAUGUUCGGAGGGAAAUCGGCUUUCCCGAAAAGUUCCACUAUCGUUACGGGUCUGAAGUACAAAGACAAAUACAGAGGCCAUGCGGCGAAAAAAUCGUGGCCCUAGUUAUCGUUGUUGUAUGAAUAAAGCAGUCAAUGAUAAAAUCCAUUAUUAACCCGAA